AGGAUAAUGUGCCUUCCCAUCCAUUUCCGGAACAACACAUUUCCUUUUGUUUCUCAAACUCAUCAACUUACACAAAAAAGUGAUCAUUACGAAGAACUACACAAGGAAGAAAUCAAAAAUCCUUGCAUACCCAUGUAUGUAAAUUUCAUGAAAACUCCUUAAUUUAUAAUUAUAGAAACCCUUCUUUCCGCGAAUGAUCAAAACAUCAAAAUUAUUGAUCAAUGGAGGAAUGCGCCUUUUUGUUCAUUUAUAAAAAAUGGCUCUUUCUGCCAGAAAAAACUGAGAUGUUGCAUAUUAUUUCUUGAUUGGAAGAGGAAGGCCAAAGCUGAAGACGACGCCGGCAACCACCACACAUAAAUCUGCAUGCAUGCAGAUCAGAGAGGCAAAUAAAGAGGGAGAAAGAAGGAGCUUUAAUGUUUCUGCAUCCAGAAAGGAAAAAGAAAAAGAAAAAGGAAAAGAAAAAGAUAAAGAAAAAGAAAAGGAAAAGGAAAAAAUGAUGGGAAUGAAGUCAAAUAAAAGGGAAGUGAUGGAAGAAAUUGCUGUGGUUAUGGGAUUAAUUUCUGUGCAAUUCUUGUACGCGGGAAACGCAAUUUUGCUGAGCACUAUAUUGAAAACUGGACUCCAACCUUCUUCUCUAAUAAUCUGUUCCACUUUUGCCACUUUUCUUGUGCUCUCUCCUCUCGCAAUCCUCUUUGAAAGGAGUCAAUGGCCUUCAAGGAUCACUUACAAGCUUGUUAUACAAUUGCUUUUACUUUCCUUUGGAGGGGUGACAGUGUUUCAAUCUUUGUUCAUGAAAGGAGUCCACCUGACCUCACCAGCAGUAGCAACAGCAAUGCCAAAUCUGGCACCAGGGCUCAUCUUCUUCAUCGCCUGCGCCUUCAGGUUAGAGAGGAUGGAUAUAGCAUGCAAGUACAGCAGAGCGAAGAUAGCGGGGACGAUGCUGUGCGUGUUGGGAGCAGUGGUGAUGAGCCUAAUGCAGAGCGCCCCCGACGAGCGCAUGCGCAACGUCGGCGGCGUCAAAGCCCCCACGGAGUUCGACUCACAGACAAUCCUAGGUUGCAUGUAUCUCAUUGCUGCUGUUUUUGUUCUGUCCAGCCAAGUUGUGCUGCAGGCUAUAACAUUGAAGGAAUUUUCUGCAUCGAUAUCGCUGUGUGCGAUAACUUCGUUGCUGGGUUCCAUGAUUACAGCAAUAGUGGAGAUUGUUGAAGAUCAAAAUUAUUGGGACUACCCUCAUUGGCCUGCAUCAACUCUUCAAGAUUUGCUUGGCUACUCCCUUGUGGCAGGCGGGAUUAGCGGAAUGUGUGUAAGCUUCAAUGCAUGGGCAAUGAAGAAAAGAGGUCCAGUUGUGGUCUCCAUUUUCAACCCUCUUGGAACUGUCAUUUCUGCUGCCAUCUCUAUCUCCUUGGGCGAUUCCAUUGCUGCUGGAAGCCUGGCAGGUAUGUUGGUGAUGUUCACUGGUCUGUAUUUGGUGCUUUGGGCUAAAAGAAAUGAAGGCAAAAAUGCAGAGAGUCCGAUUGUUGAGGACGACUCCAUCCAAACCGUCUUUGAUAUUGAGAAGCCUCUUUUAACUUAAUUCAUUCAUUCAUUUUCUUCGUCUCAACAAAUCUUCAAUUCCAUCAGAUGUAAACUACUCGUUGUAGAUAAGAAAUCCAGUCUUGCA